AAUUUUAAUUAUUUGACUUAUUUCCAUAAAUUCUCCUUGUCUCUCCGUCAAAAUUACACAAUCUGCCACUUCGAGCUAACGCUCACGCCCUCCGCCCAUGGCUGCUCUGCGACACCAUGAGAGCCUCCUCCAAUACCAACGUCGUCUCUGCGCUCCUUCGCCCAAGCCCCAUCUACGCCUGAACCGUAACUUCGUCUUCCGACUGAAGAAUUUGCAAUUUUCGAGGAAAAUUAGGAUUUUGCGAUGGGGUCCCGGAGGCAGAGACGGACUGUGCUCCGCCUGUUGCUUAUGCAAGACAAAUUCGAAAAUUGAGAGUGUUGAAGCUUGGGAGGAGAUUGAACGGCCUCCUUUCGAUAUCAAUCUUGCCGUCAUUCUCGCCGGUUUUGCUUUUGAAGCCUACUCUAGCCCCCCUGAGAAUGUGGGCAAACGUGAGGUGGAUGCAGCAGAUUGUAAGACGGUUUAUCUUUCUGGGUCAUUUCUUCGUGAGAUAUAUGAUGGCCAGUUAUUUAUCAAAUUGAAAAAAGGUUUUGAUUUUCCCGCUAUGGAUCCAUGGGGAACAAGUGAUCCAUAUGUGGCCUUGCAAUUGGAUGGCCAGGUUGUCAAAAGCAAGGUUAAAUGGGGGACAAAAGAACCAACAUGGAAUGAGGAGUUGACGUUUAAUGUCAAGCUGUCUCCAUCCAAAAGUCUUCAGGUUGCUGCUUGGGAUGCAAAUCUUGUAACUCCACAUAAGCGCAUGGGGAAUUCAAACAUUAAUCUGGAAUGCCUCUGCAAUGGAAAUUUGCAAGAGGUACUUGUGGAAUUGGAAGGGAUGGGAGGUGGUGGAAAGAUACAACUAGAGGUUCAAUAUAAAAGUUUUGAUGAAAUUGACGAAGAAAAACAAUGGUGGAGAGUCCCUUUUAUUUCAGAAUUUUUUCAGAAAAAUGGUUUUCAGUCUGCUUUAAAAAUGAUUGUUGGAUCCGAGACUGUUCAAGCACGCCAAUUUGUACAAUAUGCUUUUGGGCAGUUAAAAUCAUUCAACAAUGCAUACCUUCAGAAGGAGAGUUUUUCAUAUGGUGAACAGUAUGAAAAAGGUUGUGUGGGAAUGUCCAGCAGCUCCAUUUUCGUCUCAGACAUGCCUUCACAGGUGCAGGCUAGCCAAGAAGGCUUUUCAGAUGACACAAGCUGCAAGGAAGAUGGCAGCACGCUGGAGCUUCACACUGGUGAUCGUGAAACGGAUUAUGGCCAUUCAUCUUCAUCAAUGACACAAGUUGGUGAGACUCUGCACUCAGAUGAACAUUUUUGGAAGAAUUUUGCUGAUGUUAUCAAUAAGAAUGUCAUUCAGAAAUUUGGUAUCUCUUUUACUGAGAAAAUCAAGUGGGAUGGUUUUGACUUAUUAAAUAGAAUUGGCUUACAGUCACGAAGGAUUGCAGAGGCAGGCUAUGUUGAAUCUGGGCUUGCAAUUUCUGACAGUACGGGUGUUGAUGAUAGCAACAUUGCAACGACUGCCCCAGUGAAUAUUAGCACAAUUCAGUCUUCACUUCCAGGCAUUAAAAAGGCAACACAGGAUAUAUUGAGGCAAACUGAUUCUGUUUUAGGGGCAUUAAUGGUUCUGACUACAGCUGUUUCUAAACUAAAUAAGGAUGCACAUCUUUUAGGGAAGGGAAAAUUGAAACAAGAUACUACUGUGAAAAUGAAAGAUGAUGUCUCUAGAUAUUUUGAGAUUGAAAGCUUUGCUAAAUUGCCAGAUGAAUCAAUUUUGAGUGAUCAGAAGGCAGAGGAGUUGAGAGCACUCUUUUCAACUGCCGAGAGUGCCGUGGAGGCUUGGGCAAUGCUUGCAACUUCCUUGGGCCAUCCAAGUUUUAUUAAAUCUGAAUUUGAGAAAAUAUGCUUCUUAGAUAAUACAACCACUGAUACACAGGUAGCAAUUUGGCGUGAUUCUGCACGGAAGAGAUUAGUUGUUGCUUUCAGGGGAACAGAACAAGCAAGAUGGAAAGACCUCCAAACUGAUUUAAUGCUGGUUCCUGCUGGGUUAAACCCUGAAAGGAUAGGUGGUGAUUUCAAGCAAGAAGUUCAAGUUCACAGUGGCUUUCUAAGUGCAUAUGAUUCAGUUAGGACAAGGAUCAUGUCUCUCAUUAAACUAUCAAUUGGUUAUACAGACAAUGGGGUGGAACUGCUGCCGGAAUGGCAUGUGUAUGUGACUGGUCAUAGUUUAGGUGGUGCAUUAGCUACCCUUCUUGCUCUUGAACUUUCUUCAAGUCAAUUGGCAAAGCAUGGUGCAAUUUCUGUGACUAUGUAUAACUUUGGAUCUCCAAGAGUUGGAAACAAAAGAUUUGCAGAACUUUAUAAUGAGAAAGUUAAAGAUAGCUGGAGAGUUGUAAAUCAUAGAGAUAUUAUUCCAACAGUUCCCCGCUUGAUGGGUUAUUGUCACAUAGCUCAACCUGUCUAUCUAGCAGCUGGAAAUCUAACAGAUGCCUUGGAAAAUAUAGAGCUUCUAGGAGAUGGUUAUCAGGGUGAUGUGAUUGGGGAGUCCACACCUGAUGUUCUUGUCAGCGAAUUUAUGAAAGGCGAGAAGGAACUUGUUGAAAAACUAUUGCACACAGAGAUAAAUAUUUUCCGCUCAAUCAGAGAUGGUAGCGCGCUUAUGCAGCAUAUGGAGGAUUUUUAUUACAUUGCACUACUGGAGAGUGUGAGAUUGAAUUACCAAACUGUUGCACGCUCGCAAACCAAUGAAGAAGCUAGCAUAUCCGUCAGCUGAGAAGGCUAUACCAACUCAUUACUGGUAGCCAAGCUUAUAUACACACCCUCAGGUCCCUUAUUCUAAAUGUUGUGCGCACUGAAAAAUUUUCAUUCAAAAAUAAAAUAAAAUUGAUUGAAUGUAAUUUCAUUGGUUUGGGUGAGGGAGAAUAAAAGAAAGAGAUAUCGUAUGUGUAUGAAUUCAUGUUGUGGUAACCUGCACGCUAGCUAUUACAUAUAGAGAUAGCUAAUAGCUUAGUUAAAAUUCUCACAACUGUGACCUAGCAAGCAUUGGGUUGCUUUCUUUGUUAGACGGCCACCCAAAGCACCACAUGUCCUUUUCUUGUUUCCAGCUGGCUAUAGCUAUAGCUACUUCUUCACUACUCCUGGUUAGUCAUUAGUUAUUUGUAAUUAAGUCAUUAAUGAAAAAUCGAUUUCAUCAUUUAUAUUAA